AAUUAAACGAAUUCUGCACUUUCAUAAUAUUAUUUUUAAAAAAUAUUAAUUAUUAUUAGGUGAACAAAAGAGAAACAACUUUAAUUGAGAUGUCAGGUUUUAGUGGAGCUCUUCAAUUAACCAAUCUCGAUGAUUUCAUUACGCCUUCACAAGAAUGCAUUAAACCAGUUGAAAUCAAAAAGUCAAAAACUGGAUCAAAGAUAACCAUCCAAGAAGAUGGAACAUAUUUUGAGUCUAAUAAUAUGGGAACACAAAAGCUGGAGAAAGUUGAAAUAACUCUGGCUGAUUGUCUUGCAUGCAGUGGUUGCAUCACAUCGGCUGAAGGUGUUUUGAUAACUCAACAAAGCCAAGAAGAAGUGCUUCGGGUGUUAAAAGAAAAUAGUAAAGCUAAAGAGGAAAAUGAUGAAAACAAUAUAAAAAUCAUCGUUUUCACAAUCUCUCAACAGUCUUUGUUGUCGCUUGCAAAAAAAUUCAAUUUAAAUCCGGAACAAGCCACAAAACACUUAUCAGGAUACUUAAAACUUUUAGGUGGUGAUUAUGUGUUAGAUACAAGAAUAGCUGAUGACUUGGCGCUUUUGGAAUCACGUGAAGAGUUUCUUAGACGGUAUCGAGAUCAAAAGAGUUUUAAACUUCCAAUGCUUGCCUCAUCUUGUCCUGGCUGGGUCUGUUACGCUGAAAAAACUCAUGGCGACUUAUUAAUUCCUUAUAUUUCAACAACAAGAUCACCACAACAAAUAAUGGGAGUUCUUGUCAAACAAUUUCUCGCUCAAAAGCUUAACGUAAGUGCUGAAAAGAUUUAUCACAUAACAGUGAUGCCGUGCUAUGAUAAGAAGCUGGAAGCAUCUCGGGAAGACUUUUUCAAUGACGUCAUUGAGAGUCGUGAUGUCGAUUGUGUUAUUACAUCGAUUGAGAUCGAACAAAUGCUAGCAAGUGAAGGGAAAAUUUUGAGUGAGUUUGAGGAGAAAACUUUCGAUUGGCCUUGGACUUGUUCGCAACCAGAAACUUUUGUGUGGUCACAUGAGUCAUCAGGUUCUGGUGGAUAUUCAGAUUAUAUAUUUAAAUAUGCAGCAAAAGUACUUUUUAAUGAAAAUGUGACUCAAUUAAAUUAUAAAAAUUUGAGAAAUCCCGAUUUUCGUGAAGUGAUUCUUGAAAAAGACGGCGCUGUUGUUCUUCGAUUUGCGAUCGCUAAUGGCUUCAGAAACAUUCAAAAUCUUGUUCAAAAAUUGAAGCGUGGAAAGUCAAGUUAUCACUAUGUAGAAGUUAUGGCAUGUCCGUCGGGUUGUUUGAAUGGUGGAGCACAAAUCAGACCAGAAAGUAAUCAACCAAUUCGGGAACUAACAGAAGAACUUAUAAAAAUGUAUCAAAAUCUUCCACAAGCUGAACCAGAAAAUGAAAAUGUUAAAAUAAUCUACGAUGAAUUUCUUGGUGGAAAUGACAGCGAUAAGGUUCAACAGCUUUUACAUACUUCUUAUCAUGCUGUAGAGAAAAUGUCAACAGCUCUUAACAUCAAAUGGUAGACAUUCGUUGAUUUCUUAUUUAUUAGAAUUCUAAAAAAGAAAUAAAACCAAAUAAAUCGAUUUGCAAUUCAAACAUGUGAAGAUGUUUAAUUCAAAGUCUAGACGGAGCAAAGC